AUGCCAAACUGGGACACUUAUAAAAUAAAAAUAUUGAAUGGUAACAAAACAUAUGGUAAUUUUAACAAGGCAUGGCAUACCCAUGUUAAAAUUAAGUAUUCGUCCACAGAGACUAACGAUUACUUAUAUCAAAACCAAAAAAAACCGAAAUUCAAUAUGUCUUCCUCUGAUGAAAGUGAUGACUUAGAUCCUGGAUAUUCAAUAAUGCCCAUCACAUUGUCUGCAUCUCAUGCCAUUAGUAUAUCUGAAACGUUUAUUCCAUCUACUACCAACAAUGAAAAUAUGGUUCACUAUACAAAUUUAUUGCCAUUAUCUACACUAGGUACGAUGACCAAUAAUAUACCAGCCACUGUUACAUCAGGUGCACUGACCAAUAAUAUACCUGGCACUGUUACCUCAAAUAAGUCUCAAGAUAGUCAAGAAUUACUUUAUUCUACUAAUAUUAAUGAUGAACUUCUGUCCAAUUUCAAUGAACUUGUAUCGUCUCAGCAUAAUAUUUCAGAAAUAAAUGGUAUUUCUCCACAAUCGUAA